ACCCGCUUUCUCCGAGGGAGCGCCCAAGCAGCCAGCGCUCACGGAGCCACGGACUCGGCACUGCGCUGCGCUCCCAGAGGCGCCGCGUGCCGUCGGGUCGCACAGCCUCGGCGGGACUGGACCCGAGGCGGCGGGUGCGCCCACCGACCGCGCGCCCUUAUGUUCCCCGCGCAGGACACUCUGCCCCGCGGGGGGCUGAACCUCAAGGAGGAGCCGCUGUUGCCCGCCGGCCUGGGCUCUGUGCGCUCCUGGAUGCAGGGCGCGGGCAUCCUAGACUCCAACACCGCAGCGCAGAGUGGUGUGGGCCUGGCACGAGCACAUUUUGAGAAGCAGCCCCCCUCCAACCUCAGGAAAUCCAACUUCUUCCAUUUUGUGCUGGCCAUGUACGACCGGCAGGGGCAGCCCGUGGAGGUGGAGCGCACAGCAUUCAUCGACUUCGUGGAAAAGGACCGAGAACCUGGAGCAGAAAAGACAAACAAUGGAAUCCAUUAUCGCCUCCGGCUGGUAUAUAACAAUGGGCUUCGGACAGAGCAAGACCUCUAUGUGCGUCUCAUCGACUCCAUGUCCAAGCAGGCUAUCAUCUAUGAAGGUCAGGACAAGAACCCCGAAAUGUGCCGAGUACUGCUUACCCACGAGAUUAUGUGCAGCCGGUGCUGUGACCGGAAGAGCUGUGGCAACCGGAAUGAGACACCCUCAGAUCCGGUCAUUAUUGACAGGUUCUUCCUCAAAUUCUUCCUCAAAUGCAACCAGAACUGCCUAAAGAAUGCAGGGAAUCCCCGAGAUAUGCGCCGCUUCCAGGUGGUAGUAUCCACGACGGUGAGCGUGGAUGGACACGUGCUGGCUGUGUCCGACAACAUGUUCGUGCACAACAAUUCCAAGCAUGGCCGCAGGGCCCGCCGCCUGGACCCUUCCGAAGCUGCCACCCCCUGCAUCAAGGCCAUCAGCCCGGGGGAAGGCUGGACCACGGGAGGCGCCACCGUCAUUGUCAUCGGCGAGAACUUCUUCGACGGGUUGCAGGUCGUGUUUGGAAACAUGCUCGUGUGGAGCGAGCUCAUCACGCCCCACGCCAUCCGGGUGCAGACACCCCCCCGACACAUCCCCGGGGUGGUGGAGGUGACUCUCUCCUACAAGUCCAAGCAGUUUUGCAAGGGAGCCCCCGGCCGCUUUGUCUACACAGCUCUGAAUGAGCCCACCAUUGACUAUGGCUUCCAGAGGCUACAGAAGGUCAUUCCCAGGCACCCUGGGGACCCUGAGAGGCUUCCCAAGGAAGUGCUGCUGAAGCGGGCGGCCGACUUGGCGGAGGCCCUGUACGGAAUGCCUAGCAGUAACCAGGAGCUCCUCCUGAAGCGCGCGGCGGAUGUGGCCGAGGCUCUGUACAGCGCCCCCCGAGCACCCGCACCGCUCGGACCCCUGGCCCCCAGCCACGCGCAUCCUGCAGUGGUGGGCAUUAACGCCUUCAGCAGCCCGCUCGCCAUCGCCGUCGGGGACGCCACACAGGGGCCUGAGCCGGGCUACGCGCGCAGCUGCAGCAGCGCGUCCCCACGCGGAUUCGCACCCAGCCCCGGCUCGCAGCAGAGCAGCUAUGGCAGCGGCCUGGGAAGCGGCCUUGGCAGCUACGCGCCUGGGGUGGCCGGGCUUGGGGUGCCCGGGUCCCCUAGCUUCCUCAACGGCUCUACGGCCACCUCACCUUUCGCCAUCAUGCCCUCUAGCCCCCCACUGGCGGCUGCCUCCUCCAUGUCCCUCCCGGCUGCUGCCCCCACCACUAGCGUCUUCUCCUUCUCGCCUGUCAACAUGAUCUCUGCUGUGAAACAGAGGAGCGCCUUUGCCCCUGUGCUACGUCCACCAAGCUCCCCACCCUCGGCCUGCCCCAGAGCCCAUGGAGAGGGGCUUCCAGAUCAGCCUUUUGAGGAUUCUGACAAGUUCCAUUCUCCAGCCCGGGGGCUUCAAGGCCUGGCAUACUCCUAAUUACGGUCUGCAAGUGUUGCCCCCACUGAGCUCAGACUGGAAGAUCCUCCAGGAUUCACACCCAUUCCCUGGAUGAUGGCACAAAGAGGGCCAGUGCUGUGGGCAGACUUCAACCCCUGGACCAAAUGGGAGAGGAGUACCCCUGUGCUCAAGGUCCCCUCUGUCUCACAGGCUUCUCUCACCUCUCUCUCGGGGCUGGCCAGAAGCCCCACCACUGUACUGAUGCUCUUGUCAGAAGAGCGUCCCAGGGAGGUACUGGGAGGUCAGGCCUCCCUCACUGGGCUGGUUCCUCUGGAAGAGAUAGAUUUUGUGCAGACCAGGAAUGGGAUGUGAGGGGAGCAUGGGAUAGGGACCAUGGGAAAGAGGACAGCUCAGGGAGAGGUGACCUGGAAAGGUCCUGUUUGCACCCAACCCAUCUCAACUGGCCCAGAUCCCAACUUCUCUCCAGUGAAAAGGGUGGUGCCCAGCAGCCUCAGGAGGCCACCCAGGCUCCCAUGGAGCUUCCGGUAGUCACUGGACCACAUGGCUGCCCCCAUUCCUUCAGGUCCUGCACACUCAUGCUUGCCACAUCAUGCCUUCUUGGAGGGGCUUUGGCAUGAAGGAUGCAGAAGAAGGGGACCAGGACUCCUCGUUUUGGGGACUUCCUCCCAAUGGAUGUCUCAUGAACUCUGGAUCCCCACACACACUGACUCUGGUUGGCCCCAUGAAAUUGUGGCCUCACAUUCUGCUCUGCUAAGUUUGGAGAAAACAGAACAAUAAACCAGAUGCAAGUGGCCACCUGGCCUCUCUUGCCUGCUC